AUGAAACAAAGAUUUACUCUUUUAGAUUUAAGAGCAACAGUAAACGAACUAAACGAAAGACUUACCAAUACUUUCAUUCAAAACUUCUAUUCAACACAGCAGAGGUUUAUAUACAUAAAGUUUUCCAACAAGGACACUUUACUCGUUGAACCAGGAUUUAGAUUCCAUUUAACUCAAAAUGCAGAUUCGGAAAUUUCACAUUUUUGCAAAAAAUUAAGAGAGAAGUGUAGACAUGCACGAGUGCAUCGAAUUUACCAAUUUGGAUUUGAUAGAAUUGCCAUUAUAGAUCUUCAGAGAGUCAGAAUUGUCAUAGAGUUCUUUAGUGCAGGAAAUAUGCUAGUAUUAGAUGAAAAUGAUCAGAUAUUGGAAUUGCUCAGACCAGUAGAAGAGCUUGGAAUCAUCAGACAUAGCAAAUAUGUGUUUAAUUCAGUAGACAUAGACCUUUCAUUCAAUACUUUUAAGGAAUGCAAUAAUCUUUCGAGUAUUUUACCUUUUGAAAAAGAGUAUAUAGAGGCUAUUAAAGAAAGAAUUCAAAAAUGA